AUAGACGCCGCGCUGCAAAAGGCCCUCUUGGACAGGGUGUACGACAAGCGCAAGGCGGCCACCCUCGACCUCGAAAGGCAGGUCCGGGAGGCACUGGCCAAGAACGACCGAGCGCGCAUCAACGUCUUUGUGGAGCAGCUCACCUCGCUGCUCAACAGCAACCUGCCCUCGUCGUCGUCUUCCUCGUCCAACAGCCCGCAGAGCGUCAAUGCGCGCAACGGCGCUCUCAUCGGCCUGGCGGGCGUGGCCAUUGCCCUCGGCAUCGAAAUCGCCCCAUAUCUUCAGACCAUUGUCCCGCCCAUUCUCGUGUGCUUUGCAGAUCCUGACAGCAAGAUACGCUACUUUGCCUGCGAGAGCUUCUACAACAUCGCAAAGGUCUGCAAGGGCGAGAUUCUCAUGUACUUCAACGAGACCUUCGACGCUCUUUCCCGGCUCGCUGCCGACUCGGAGCUGUCGGUCAAGAACGGCGCAGAGCUGCUGGACCGGCUGCUCAAGGACAUUGUGUGCGAGGCAGCACCCCACUACGUGUCGCAGUACCAGGACACGGCCCUGAUCCGCGCUCGCCAGGACUCGUCCGAGGGCAACCUCGGCGGCGCUGCCGAGCUCGACGUGGCACGGGAAAAGGCGCACCACCACUCACAUCGCCACGACGCGGUGCGAGACGGCAGGCACGAGAUCGACGAAGACGGUGCUGGCGACGGCGGCGGAGAUAAAGUCUUUUCCCUCGCGCGAUUCGUGCCCCUGCUCGCCGAGCGCAUGUACGUUCUCUCGCCCUUUACGCGCAACUACCUCGUGAGCUGGGUCACUGUCCUCGACUCGGUUCCCGAUCUGGAGCUCGUCAGCUUCCUGCCCAGCUUCCUCGACGGCCUGCUCAAGUACCUCAGCGACCCCAACACCGACGUGCGCGUCGCCACGGCCAAUGUCCUGGCCGACUUUCUUCGAGAGAUCCGCGAGGCAGCAGAGGUGGCGCGGAUACGAGGCGAGGCGGAGGCGAGACGGGCACAGAAGGAGAAAGAGAAGCAGGCGCAGAGCCAGGAGCGGGUCGCAGCGGUGGACGAGGGUGCUGAAGAAGAGAAGAGGGAAGCAGAUGGAGAAGAAGGGCCCAAGGAAGGCGCAGAGGAGCACGAGGAAAAGGACGAGGCGCUAGAGGAGGGCGACGAGGACUGGAUGCCCGCGCCAGAGGUGCGCAUCGACUAUGCCGCCAUCAUGGAGAUCCUCAUCAACCACAUCACAUACCCAGACGAAGAGAUCCAGGCAACGACGCUGCAGUGGAUCGCAGAGCUCCUCGUCGUCAUCAAGGACGUCGUGGUGCCCUUUGUUCCCAGGCUGAUUCCCGCCAUCCUGCCCAGCCUGGCCCACCACAGCCCGGCGAUCCAGACGGCUGCCAAUGUGACGAAUGCGAAUCUGUACCAAGUCGUGCAGUCUCUCUCGUGGGCCACCUCGGCGUCGCUCUCGUCGCAGCCAGAGGCCGAGCCGAUCCCGUUGGCGAAACAAAAGGAGCGAGCGCCACUGAGCCAGGGUGUCGCCUCGCCACGCGUUCGGUCAUCCUCCAACGCGGACGACGUGGAGCCAAUCACCGGCGCCCUGGGCAUCUCCAUCGAUGGCACGGGAGAGGCAGGAGCUGGGCUAGGAGGCGAGGUGGCGCCCAAUGAUCCCUUUGACUUGCAGACGACGGUCAAUGUCCUGACGCUGCAGCUCAUCGACGAGCACGAGGAGACGCGCGUCACUGCGCUGGAGUGGCUCCUCAUGCUCCACCAAAAGGCGCCCCGCAGGAUCCUGUCCAUCGACGACGGUACCUUUCCUGCGCUCCUCAAGACGCUCUCGGACCCGUCAGAGGAAGUCAUCAAGUGCGACCUGCGCCUGCUGGCCCAGAUGUCGGGCGCCUCAGACGAGGCGUACAACUCGUACCUGGCCAACCUCGUGAGCUUGUUCAGCACCGACCGCCGGCUCCUCGAGGCACGGGGAAGCCUCAUCAUCCGGCAGCUCUGCACCUCGCUGCACACGGAGCGCGUCUUUCGCACCCUGGCAGAGAUCCUGGAGCGCGACGAGGAUCUCGAGUUUGCGUCCAUCAUGGUGACGAACCUGUCGAUGAUCCUCAUCACCUCGCCAGAGCUGAGCGACUUCCGCAAGCGGCUCAAGAAUCUCGACUCAAAGGACGGCUCGCAGCUCUUCAACAGCCUCUACAGGAGCUGGUGCCAUAAUGCCGUGGCGACAUUCAGCCUGUGUCUCUUGGCGCAGGCCUACGAGCACGCCGCCAACCUGCUGCCCAUCUUUGCCGAGCUCGAAAUGACGGUGGGCCUGCUGAUCCAGAUCGACAAGCUCGUGCAGCUCCUCGAGUCUCCCAUCUUUACCGCCCUGCGGCUCCAGCUCCUCGAGCCGGAUCGCCACCCGUUUCUGUUCAAGUGCCUGUACGGCAUCCUGAUGCUCCUGCCGCAGUCGUCGGCCUUUGCGACGCUGCGCAACCGCCUCAAUGCCGUCAAUGGGCUCGGCUACCUCAACGUCGUGCCGCGCGCCACGUCGGCCUCUGUCUCGUCGUCGUCGUCGGCAUCCUCUGCGGCCGCCACUGCCGCGUCCAAGAGCCGCGUCGGCUCGGGCAAGGACGACAUCAAGUGGGCCGAGCUGCUCACCCACUUCCGAGCCGUGCAGGCACGACACGAGCGAAGCCGGCGCGUCGCCCAUUCUGCAUCGUCU